AUAGCUGAACAUUCUGCUGCAAUUGUUGGUCAGUCUCUUCCUUCUGAGAAUGAUCCAACAUCAAAUAUUUCUUCUGUGCCUCUUUUAUCUAACAAUAAUUGGCCUGAUCAAAUACACAAACAGGCAUCCUUUCCAGCCAUACACAAAUGCAACAAAAUGUAAAAAAUCGGGAAAUCAUAUCAAAAGGCCUAUGAAUGCAUUUAUGGUAUGGUCACGUGAUGAACGUUUAAAAAUUUGUAGUGUUCAACCAGACAAACAUAAUGCUGAAAUUAGUAAAGAGUUGGGCUUUCGCUGGAAAAGUAUGACUAAAGAAGACAAGAGGCCAUAUGAAAUAAAGGCCGAGGAAUUGAGGCAGUUACAUUGUUUGGAAUAUCCAGACUAUAAAUAUAGACCUAGAAAGAAGGUAAAAUUGGAAAUUAAAAAAAUUUUAAAUUUAUCUUUAAAGAUUAAAAAACAAGACAGUCAAAAGCCUCAAUUAACUAUACAAAAAGAUAGGGAAAGACUACCUUUGAAUAGAAGCGCCAAUGGGAUAAAUAUGAGAAGCAAUAACAACAACACUAACAACAACACCAAUAAUUACCAGUCCUUUCUAAAUUAUGGCGCCCCUAUAGAAAAUAGAGGACAACAACCAUUUGAACAACAUUUAGACACCAAACAACAACAACAAUAUUUCCACCAGACACAACAAACAUUGUUUGAAGAAACACAACAAUUAAUGCAAGAAACAUCUCCACAUUUCCAACAAACUUCUCUAUUAAAUUCUUCUUUAAAUUCUCCCCAACAAACUAUUCAAACACAACAAUUCUUUACAGGGUUUGCGGAUACUGCCUCAACUAGCGGUGUUCAAAAUCAACAUAGUACAUAUUCAGCUUAUAAUCCCCCACAAAUACCACAACAUUCAUCACCAGUUUCCUUCCAAAUGCCAAGCAUUUCAGGCUUAGUAGUUCCACAACAACAACAGCCUUCAACAAUGCAAUCUAGUAAUGAAAGGCAAAUUUAUGGACAAACAGAACAACAACAAAUUGGUAAAUAA